AUGAAGGUAUUUGCUUGUGUGUUAGCUCUUGCAGUGGCUUCGGCCCAUGCCGGUCUUUUGCCUCACUUCGGUGAUGGUCACAUUGUAGAUCAUGGUGUUGUACACACCGGUGCCGAUUUAUUCCACGGUGAUAUUCACCACAACAAUGGCAUUCAAGUUGGUUAUUCAUAUGAUCUUCCCGUUGAUACUCAUCACACUGUCGACCACCAUGCUGUCGUUGAUCAUCAUGGUCUGGACCACCACACCGUUGUUGAUCACCACGCCUUGGACCACCAUGCCGUUGUAGAUCAUCACGCCUUGGAUCAUCAUGCCGUCGUGGAUCACCAUGCCGUUGAACAACACCCCGUCUACCAUCACGCUGAUCAUCACGCCACUUUGGAUGUUGUAACCAACGAUGCUGGUCAUCAUGGUGUUGCUGCUGCUGACGUUCAAAAUUCCCCCGCCGACCAAGUCAUCCAACACGAACCCAUUCAUCAUGUUGAGCCCGUCCAUCAUGUAACCAAUGUUGUCCAUCACGAACCUCACCACUUCUUGCACUACACCAAUCCCGUUGUCGAUCAUCAUGUUGUGCACCAAAACCAUCACAUCGAUGAACACCAUCAUGCCGCCGAUUUGCACCACACUGAAUUGCACCAGGGAGAUGUUGCCCACCAUCAUACCGAUGUUCACCAUCACGAUGACCUCCAUCAUCACGGUCAUGAUAAUCAUGCCGCUGUUGUCUAUCAUGCCAACGUACAUGAACAUGCUGCUCUGGUACAUCACGUUAAACCCGUCUACCAUCAUCACAGCCAUGGUGGUGUUGUUGUACGCAAAGUGUAUCCCUCGAAAUUCCAUGGUCAUUUCAUUAGCAAAAUUCCCAAAGUUAAGGUUCUUAAGAAGUUUUACUAG